CAUCAUAGCAAGCUUCAUGCUCUGCUGGAUCCCGUACUUCACUGUGCAUAACAUACGCAUCCACAGCCACUACUGCAUCAAGGUGCCACGGGCCGCCAUCGUCAUCGCCGAGACGGUGGCCCUGCUGAACAGUGCCGUGAACCCGGUGUUCUACGGGCUCUUCAACGUGCACAUACGCCGCGGCAUCUGCGACAUCCUGCCCUGCAUCCGUGGUCACCGCCGUGGUCGGCGGUGCAGCGCUCGCGACUCGACGAUGCGUCAGCGCACUGGCCUGCUCACCACGACGUCGUACGCACCCGAUGCCGGUUCGGUGAACAGCCCCGCAUUAAGUGGCAAGGGGCGUUCGCUCUGCCACCAAAGCGGGCGGCCUUGUGGCGACGUCACGACGAUACCCAUGGUUGCUAUCAACGGGAGCGCUGUGGUGGCGUCUGUUGUGUAAUCAAGUGCACACGUGGCCAUUGGUUGGUGUGCAUGUCUGGUGGUCACGCACGGAGAGCAGGGUUUCAAAAUCCCCGAUAGGUGUUUUGUUCGUGUGUGUCUCCGUUCCUCGCCAUUGUAAAUAGACUGGAAGAACCGAAGGUGUAUAAUAUUUGCAAAUGAGAAAAGCUCAGCGAGGGAAACUUGUGGUACAGCAGUGGUGAUUCCACGGAGGCGGCGACAGUUGCGCUCAAGCGGAACAUUUUGGCUACCGGUGAUGUUUUAUGAUUGCCAUUGUACGCUUGCGAUUUCACUCGUAUUGCGUCUAUGUCUAUGAGUGUCUCAGUGCCCAAGGACUGAGGGAGCCCUCACCGGUUGACUGCUGAAUGUUUGCAUCUUUCAACCCACCUGACAUGUUGAAUGAUUGAACGAAACGGCUGCAACUAUAUGUCGUCGAUAUUCUGUCGGGUGAGCAUGCGUCGCGAUGUUGUCACUAUGACACUGGUAAUGCUUAUGAUGAACUGGAACAACGUGUAUAAACUCAAGAGGGACGAAAUUUUGAAGCCUGUGGGUUGUGUGCUUGUGCUGCUCCUGUUUUGAUUGUUCGUCUUUUCACUGCGGGUAUUACUUACAAAAAAAGAAAAGAAAUCUUCACACCUGUUAUGUGGUCCUGCGCCAUUGCGACGUGCAUGAAACAGGCAUGCCGAACGCUUAGAGCUUGUAAAUCAUUCUUCGAGCACUGACAUCGUGUAUAGAUAUCAUUUUACAUUGCCGCCUCAUCUGCAACACCAGCUCAAGAAGUUAAUCUGUAUGCUUGUGUAGUAUUAAUAACGCCGUCUUAACGGUAUCAUUUAUGAAACCAUAGUCAAAUGCCUCUUCGAUCUGUUUUACUGCGACUAUACUUGAUUAAAUCGUCUACCUCUUUUCAGAACCAGACGUGUUUUAAAAUAUCACCGUUACAAAAACCACCUUUACAAAUGCUUAAAUGUGCAGUUCGGACAAAUAAUAAAAGUGGUUACA